UUUUACACCCUUCCGGGAUCAACCCAAACACAUCCAUCCAAUGACAAUGAAUUGCAGAAUGAGUUCAAUUCCUUCCUCACACAAAACUUCCUUACAUUCCGGCACAUGGGAGGGGUCCCUUUCGUGCCACCAAGAUUUUAUGAAUUUGAUAAUCACAAUGGAAUUGAACUCUUCCGAGAAGGUGCAGCGAUGCAUGGGGUCCGUAAAUGGUUGCUUCAUCGAUCUAUGUCUCUUUUCUGCCCACCCAAAUCGUCUCUUUAUAAACUAUAUGGCCACCUCUCUGACCCUGUUCAAAUCUUUGGCAUUUCUGGCAAGAUUUUGAACCACUUGAUUCCAUUGAGUGAGGCUUCACUUAAUGCCCAAAUGCUUAUGGAGGCAAAAUUAGAUGGUUUACCAAACAAGGUUAACAAGUGGGGUGUUAAAGAGAUCAAUUACGAAGCUGAAUUCCAUGAACCUGAUGUCCGUAAUGGCAUUGUGACAUGUGCAGCACUCUCAAGAGAUGGUCGAUACAUUGCACUUGGGUUUGGUAGUGGUGUGAUUGAGAUUGCUGAUAUUGAUGAUCAGCAUACAAUCUCUCAGUUCCAGAAUCAUCCACCCAGUCCACCAGCAUGGAUUGAGUUUAUCCAUGGUGGUCAUCAUGUUGCUACUGAGGAUGUCAAUGGGAACAUCACUAUCUAUAGCCAUGGUAUGCUCCCUGUGAAACUUGGCACUCUCCCUAUAGGUGCCUAUCCUGUUGUAACUGCAGUCUCAGAUAGUGGAUUGCUCAUCAUACGAGUCCUACGGGAUCCUGGAAAGCCUUGGUACAACAAUGUGGCAUGUAUCUACAUUUUAGGUGACCCACACAUUCAGCUCCUUGCCUCUCCUCCUUCCAUUCCAUCCCUCCAAUCCAAUGCUGAGCCAGCCUUUCCUGAGCGUCACACAGUUGCAUUUUCUCCAGGGGCACGAUAUAUUGCUGCCUUUGAUGGGCACAGCGCUUUCACCUGGUCGACAGAAUUAGGUGAUUUUAUUGCACAUUAUGACAUACGGGGAGACAAAUCUUGGAUUAUAAAUACUGGCAUGGCUCCUACUUGCCCAUAUCACAUCCCUCAUCCAGUAUCUACUCAACCCACUCUUCUGUUGGCAGGUGACACAGUCUAUGCACAUUGUUCCUGGGUAGAUGCAGGGCCAGAGUUGGAUGAGGUUUGGAUCAAGUGUCCAUUUUUCCAUCACUUCCCAAAACAUGAAAGGGGCUAUUCAUUUGCUGCAGGAAGGACCCCACUAGUCUAUCAUGCUUCCCCUAUCUGGCUAGGAGUGUGGUUCAAUGGCAGGUCACAACUUGCUGUCCCACAGGAGUAUCGCAUGGUUUCUGUCAAGGCAAACAGCACCAAUGGCAUACAGCCCUGGUAUGGUGAUCGACUGAUCAAUUAUAUCAAUGAUUUCUACCAUCCUCAGUCCAGCAAGGAUGGUACUCGGUUUCUGCUUCAGGGCAAGAUGAAAGCUCCCAUUGUUGUCGAUAUUGGCCAAGCUGCCUGGUAUCCGAGUGCCAUGCUUGACUAUGAUUUCCCAGUGCCUAACGAUUAUUCUCCUUGCAGCACUGCAUCUGACACUUCUUCUCCCUGUGACAUAUCAUCAGAUGAUUCUUCUUCUGAAACAUCUGAUAGUCCCCAAGAUCGACUGCUUUAGUGUUUCACUUUUGUAUAGGAUUUCGCAUUGUCUAUUUAUUUUAUG